AGGCCAACAAAUCUUUUAGUGAUGAGAGAUUUCUCAUCAACAGGUGUCGCUGUUGCGCACUCCGCAUCUCCUCGUCUCCUCCUCUUCCUCCUCCAGGGCCUUUCAAAAUCUCAGUGACCAACCCAUUAGAACUUCAUGCACACUGUGACCAGGGCGCUCAGCGGUUAGAUUACAGAUCCAGAGAUUCAGCUCCGACAUUAGAUCCAAACAAACCUGCAGGUCCGGUUCAACGCGAGCGAUCUAACACAUGGACUGAGAGCUGAAUAACGGAGAGUGAGCGCGUGCAUCAGUGAUACUGCCUGGAAAGGCUGAUGGAUGGAGCGAGGGAUCAGUAUGAGGAACAAUUAAAAGAGGUGUUUGAGAGUUUUGAUGGCAGCGGUUCGGGAUCUCUGUGUUCUGAAGAACUGACCGAUCUCUGUCGUGCCCUUCAGCUAGAGGACAAUGCACUGAAUGCGCUCUUACAUGCACUGCUACAGGACCAGCUCAGCGCUCGGGUUGAUUUUGAGCAAUUUAGAGAUGCGCUGAUCCUUGUAUUGUCAAAUACAAACACAGAAGAGCCACAGAAAUGUCCUGAACAACCAGAUUCCCCAGAAGUCCAGCCACGGUUUGUGCAGGGUGGCAAGCGCUACGGGCGUCGUUCUGCUCCAGAGUUUAUACACGCCCACACUGAUCUGGAUACGCAGGCUGAAGAUGAAGAUGAGAAGGAUGAAGAUAGAGAAGAAGGUGAUGACAGGACUGUACCUAGGAAACGUGAGCGCUGGAAUGCUGACCUGAGCAUUUCUGAAGAGUUUGAAGCAGAAGGUCAGAUGCACCUCUGGAACCCAGAUGAACCCAGCACACCCUGCAGCAAUGCAUUUCCGCUCAGUGACCUGGAGGAGCGUUUACAGAAUGCUUGUCAUGAGCUUUCUCUACCUACAAAUGGUACAGCCACACUUCAACAGCUUCACGCGCUCUGCCAGCACAUAGGCAUUGAGUUGGGUGAGGAUCUUGCGCAGUGUGCUGAUGGAAGUACAAUGGAUGUACAGGAGUUUGUGUCAUACAUUAUAAACCACAACAAACCACCCACACCAUCAGCAUCCACGCCAUACAGAAAUUUAAAGAGACACCACUCCACUCAGUUUGAUGAGUCAGGCCGCAGAAUAUCAUGUGCUCUGAGCAGUACAAUCGGUCUCCAGCUGUUUUCGGUUUUGGAUGAUGGAUCGGGGCAUGUACCUGUGGAAACUUUGCUGUACAGGUGGAUGGAAGAGGGAGUGGACAAUAGCUCGGAGAUCCUGCAGGCUUUGGAUUUAGUAGAGGAUAAAGUGAAUCUGUCUGAGCUGACUGUUGCUCUUGAAAACGAGCUGCUGAGCACCAAGAAUUCAAUCCACCAGGCGGCGCUAGUGAGCUUUAAGGCAGAAAUCAGAUAUCUGCUUGAGUGUGUUGAACUGGAAAGGCGCGAGAAGCAGAGGAUUCGCUUUGAUCUGGAGACCGCAGAAAAGCUCAAAUCUCAGCUGGCUUCCGAAGUCGAUGACCAUCAUGCUGCUAUUGAACGCAAUAAUGAGCACAAUCUACGGAAGUUGGAGCAAGAAUAUAAAGAAAGUAUGACCACUCUGAGGUCGGAGUUAGGUAAAGAGGUGGAGCUUGUGCAGCAGCAAGCCAAUCAGCAACGAGAAGAGCUGGAACAAGAAAUUGGAAAGAUGAAAGAAGAUGAGAACUUCCUACGAGAGAAGCUAACUCUCACUAUUAAAGAGAAUAGCCGUAUGGAGGCAGAGCUGAUCGAUAGCACAGAGAAACUGGUGGAUGCUGAAAACCAGAUAAACAAACUGCAAAAAAACUUGGAUGGUGUUUUGAAAGAGAGGUUUGGUGAUUUGGAUUUAGACAGCGCUGAGUUCUUCCAGCAGGAAACCCGCCUGAGGCAAUUACGCAGAAGCUAUGAGGAACAAUGCAGGGAGUUGCAGGAUCGUAUAGAUGAGUUGGAGGCACAGCUAGAGGAAUAUCAGACUUUAGGUCAUACUCCCUCAACACUUCAAGGACAAAGUCUGUCUGAGGAACUGGCCAACACAAACCCUGACCCAGUUCCUCUACAGCAGGAGCCAUUAAACAUGAGUCUUGAGACGGAGAUGUUAUUAGAGCAGAACCAAAGAGAGAUCGAAAGCGUCAGGGCCAUGGUAUACGAAGAACAGUGCCGAGCAGAAGAAGAAAGAAGUCAUCUCUCCCUGCAGCACCAACAGGAAAUGCAGGUUUUGAGGGAGAAGAUUGCAAGCGAGUUAGAAAGAGUGCACACGCUUGAGAAGGAACUGUCUGCUGUCCAUGCGCUCCAUCGGCAGGAGAUCAGCUUUCUCACCCAGGCGACUCAGGAUGCCAGAAGCCGUGCAGUGCAGCUAGAGGAACAAGUGGAGGUUCUGGAGAAGAAACAGACUGCUUAUGAAGAGCAAAGCAGAAGACAUGCUGACGAGAUUAGCCUGAUGGAAUUAAAGCACCAGCAGAUGCAAGAGACCUGUCUGCAGGAGCAAAGAGAGAGACUGCAAGAAGAUAGGGAAAUGCAGGAGAAGAGGCUUACAGAGCAGUGGAAACUAGAGCAGGAGUGUUUGCAGAAGAGACAUGAGGAGGAGUUAUUGGCUAAGCUUGAGGAGGUGCAGCAGAGAAAACAACAAGAGUGCACUGAGCUGGAAAAGAGGCUCAAGGAGGAGUGGGAACAGGAGAGGCAAGCAUUAGAAAAGAGUAGUGAGGAGGCAUUGCAGGCCAUGCUGGAGGAGAGAGAGAGGAGGCUAAGGGAGGAGUGGAAACGGGAGAAGCAGGAGUUAGAGGAGGUCAGUAAAGAGGCACUGCAGGCUGUGUUGGAGGAGAGGAUGGAGAGAGAGAGGAGGCUUGGGCAAGAGUGGGAUAAGGAGAAUGAGCGUUUAGAGAAGGAACAUCAUGAUGUGCUCCUACAGCGAUUGGAGGAGGAAAAAGAAUGCUUUCAUGCACAGCAGGAGGAGACUGAGAACAUGAUGAUGGAGCACUGGGAGAGAGAAAGAGCUCAGCUGGAGAAACGGCAUGAGGAGGCGCUACAGGUCUGUUUGGAACAGGAGAGAAAAAGACUGCAAGGAGAAAGAGAGGAGCAGGAGAGAAGGUGGCAGAAGGUGCUGAAAGAGGAGCAAUGCCGGAUGGAGGAGGUGCACAGGCAGGCCAUGCUAGAGCUUAGUGCCAAACACAGUGAGGAGAGGGAGAGACUCGGCGGCCUUCUGGAGAAUCUACGCACAGAUAUUGCACAGGAGAGGAGAGAUUUGGAGAAACAAUUCUCUCAGCGAUUGAAAGAGGCGGAGGCCCGUUUCUGUGCUGACCAGGAGGCAGCGUCUGAACGUUUUCAGCUUGAUGUAUAUAAUCUGGAGCAACACUAUCAAGGAGAGAUCGCAGCACUUAAGCAACAGCAUGCUGCAGACCUUGUCCACCGGGCAGAGGAGUCAGAAGCUGCCGCCCAGGAGGCGGAGCAACAGUGGAAUCUGUUAAAAGAGAUGCUGGACAUCAAGCAGGAGAAGCUUAAAAUGGAGCAUCAGCAACUUGAAUUCACGUACGCCCAAGAAUUUAAAUCUCUAACACGCAAAAAUUUGCAACUUAAGGCUGAGCUGGAGACUUGUAUCAUUGCUGCUCAAUCCAAAGAAAUAGAGCUUAGCAGCCAACUCAACAAGCUGCACGACCACCUGGAGGAGAGCAUGGAGGCUAAAGAUCUAUUGAUGGCACAAGCCGAGCACAAAGCUGCUGAGCUGGAGGCAAUGAUGCAGCAGGUCGUGGAAGACUUCCUCCAAGAGAGAAUGGAGCUACAGAAGAGUCUGUCGGCUUUGGAGAGCAGGCGAGGUAAAGGACUUUCACUCUCUGAGAGUAUGGAGCUAAAAAGCAGAAUCCAGGAGGGUAAGGACCUCCUCCUUCAGGCAGCGGAAGACUUAAGAAAUAAACGUCUCGACCUGAAAGGGAAAUUAAACGAGAGCUUCUCUUUGGUGAUGGCAAAGGAGGAGGAGAAAAUGGCUCUGCUUGAUGAAAAAGACAUGUUAGCAUUAAGAGUGGUGCAAUUGGAGGAAAUGUUGGCGUUAUUGACAGGAACCUCUAAAGACUUCUGUACUAAUUUCUCAAAACCUUGCACAGUGACGCCUGUAGAAGUCUCUGCAGAUACCAAAGAAGAAACCAUUAAAGAAACAAUUUUAGUACUCUCUGAUGAACCUACCCAAGAAACCAACAAAGAAUCCACUGAUAAAGAAGAGAUCCAAGAAGAAACAAGAACACACUCAUUCACUAGUAAGAACUUUAAUAGCAUUGAUGAUAUUACAAAAAACACCACAGAAAUGCACUUUGAUUUUAGAUUUUGUUGUGCUGAAGAGGAUUUUGUGGCCAUUGACAAUGAUGAAGCAGCAGGUAAAAUGGAUGAAGUUUGCCCAGAGAUUAGAGUUAUAGAAGUUACCAUUUCAGACUCUUGCGGAGAUGAUAAACCUUUGAUAAGAAAUGACACAGAUGAUGUAGAAUCAACCAGGAAAGACAACGAAAGCUCUGACUGUGCCAGUCUUUCAGAAAAAAAGAAAGAAAAUGAACUGGAUGAAUGUUUGAUUCAUGUAUUAAACAAAGAGUCUGAAAAUGUAGAGGGAAAUGGCACAAAAGCUCUAGAUGAAAUUGAUUGUAAGGAUCUUACAAAGUUAAAGAACAUCAAAGACAAGACUACAGUAGAGUUUGAAAGGGCAAAAAUCUGUAGUAUUCAAGUUUCUGAAUGUGACGACACUUUAAAAAUGACUGAGGACGUUUUAUUGGAUGUCACAAGAAUCUGUGGUGUUGCCUUUGAAAUAACAGAAGGCAUUGACAGUGCAUCAGCUGGUAAGCAUGAAGAGUCAAAAGUUAACAUUCCUGGUAUUUUAGAAACUCCCAUCUCAGCAGAGGCUGAUGCUUCUUACAACCAGAAGAGCUUGCAGCACCAAAAAUCUCCAGGUGCACACACCAAAUAUAGCAGUAAACUUACAGCUGAACCUGAUGAACGGGAUAAACCACAGGAUGAUAGCAGCAUUGCAAGACAUGAGAUUCAGUUUGAGGAUUUUGUGGGAGAGGUUUGUGCACUAACAUUAGUGGACAUGGAGGUGGACAAGGUUGCUGAUAUGAGAAGUAUGUGCAGGCAGGAAAUACUGGAUCUUCAGGAAUUGGUGAUGCUGUACAGUAGGGCUGCAGACCGCAUCAGCUUCCGACUGCAGGACCUUCAGAGAGGACAAAAUAUCACAUGGUCAUAUGUGCAACCAAAACCCUGUGAGCUAAAAGCAUCCUUGGACACAGUUGUGGAACUUCUUGAGUUAAAGAAUUCCUUUGAGCAGAGCAUCUGUGAAAAUCUGCAGCUAGCAGAGUCCAACAGAGAACUGGAUAGGAGAGUCAAGAGUCUGGAGGGCAAGAUGCACAUAAUCCAGGACCUCCACAAGCAGCAGGCAUCUGUCCUGAAGGAGUCUGCUCUAGUGGGAGCUAAGAAUUGUAAACCAAAGACGCUGCAGGAACUCAAAAAAGAUGAGAUGCUCAAAGAGUGGGAUUCUGACAUUUCAGAUUCUUCAAACGAGCUCAACACCCAACUGAAGGAGAGGAUUGCUGCAAUGCCAGAACAGGAGUUAAUUAGUAUAGAAAUUGAGGAGCAGAACUCUGGAUUACGUCGAGAACUUGCUGAUCUGCAGGGCAAAUCUGUCAGGAUUCAGAAACAAAUGCAAGAACGGAGGAGUGAAGUUUGUCGCCUGGCUAAAGAAAACUUCAUUCUGAAGCACAGGAUCUCAACAGUAAGGGAGGAGGACCUGAGAGAGAACCAUGAGAACCUGCGACUGCAGCACAUGAAGCAAGGGAAGAGAGCGGCCCAAGCUCUAAGACGACAGCUCUCUGAGCCACGGCGCAUGGGGCAACAGCUAGAGGAAGAAAAUGCCUUAUUACAACUGAAUGCAGAUCAUCGACAUUUUAGCCAGGAAGUGAGGCGUCACAAUGAUCACAGCCCAGCCAGUGAGAAGAGUGGGCAGUUGUUCCAGUUGUUUGAUCGGGAAGACUUUGUAUCCCGAACAGAGAAGGAGCUGCUUAGAGCUGAACUGACGCGGUGCAUAGAAAAGAUCAUGUCGCUGGAGUCAUCAUUACAGACCCUUACUCAACAGAACUCUCAUCUCAAAUCUGACCUACGCAUCACACAACAGGAAAGAGAUGCCCUCAAGCAGGAAGUGAUUUCACUUCACAAACAAUUGCAAUCUGCUAAUGAGCAGUUGUUGGAGGUCUCCGUUGUGUCUGCUGGUCAGCAGCAAGGGAGGCGAAUAUGGGCGGAGCUUUCUGGGCUGAUGGAGGCGGAGCAUGCCUCUCUAAUGGACGAGAACCAGCGACUCAAGAGACAGAUGAACGAGAUGAGCUCGGAUCUCCAGACGGCGAAAGAGAAGAUCUGUCAGUUGGAGGCCUUGAGUCUGAAACAGAGGGGAAUGGUGAAAAGCGCAGAUCAAGACAAAUCGGCCUUGAAACGAGAACUGGAGGCUCUUCAUUCACAGCUGGUGUUAACACGAAGCAAGGUAAUUUAAACUGUCAUUAUACACAAUGAUGUCUAAACAUGCAUUAAAAUUGUUUCAAAGUAUGCAUUCACAAAAGAAAUGAUUUCUUUCUCUAAAAAAAUGCUUUCUCUGAUCCAAUAGGCUCAGCUGGCUGCAGUCUUGCCUUCAUCUCCUCUACAGUUGCCUGGGGAACAGCGAGGCCAGCACCAUAGUGAUUGCCCAGACUUCAACAUGCAGGACGAGCGGGAAGUAGCGUUAUUACAUAUGGAGGGGAGGAUGAGAGAAGUGGAGGUCACACUCAGGAACCUCAAACUGUUGCUUCAGGAAAAAGUCUCUCAGUUGAAAGAACAGUUAACCAGAAACAGCGAAGCAGACGUCUUGAUCAAAGACCUGUACGUGGAGAAUGCUCAGCUCCUUAAAGCCCUGGAGAAGACCGAACAGCGUCAGAAAGUAGCAGAGAAGAAGAACUUCCUCCUUGAGGAGAAAAUAUCCAGCCUCAAUAAGAUUGUCCGUGACCUUGGCCCUUCCCCACUGACCCCUGCGCCCUACCACUUUACACGCUCCUAAUGCAGCACUGUUUACUAAGUGUUAUGUAAGAUAUCACAAACUGUCAACUUCACAUUUUGUUUGUGUAUACCCCAAAUUUGACAUUUCUUUCCAUUAAUUAGAUUGCCGGAGAUACAUUUUUUGAUUUUUUUUUUUGGCAGAUGAUUUGCACAAGAGCAACAAAAUUAUGCUUUUUGAUGUUAUGACAUCUACCUCUGCAAGUAGUAAGAGAUCCAAAUCUAACACGUCAGGGAUGAAGUAUUAAUGGCUCCUUUUCCAUACAAUGAAAAAUAGUGAACACUAAUUUCAGGGACAUACAAAGACUGUAAAAGACUUAUGUGCUAUAUUUCGAUUUUUAAGCAAGACCGUAGCUUAAAUAGUCAUUUGGUGACUAUUUUAAUUAAAUCUGUUUUUAAAUAGUUUUCUUUUAUAGUUUUUAUAAGAUUAGGCCAGAAUAUUACUGUUAAACUGUAAGUAACUUUAAUUUAAGCCCUGUUAUCAGAGUAAAUACCCCACUGUUUAUUUUGUCUUUUGUAGUUGUUGUUGUCUUUCAAUCAGUGUUUUAUUUUUUAUUGCACAUUACAUAAUCUCUUAAGUUUUAUUAUAAUUUUGUUUGGUUUAUUUAUUUGAUGUAUUUUUCAUUUAUGUUCUGUAUUAUACUGUAUGUAAUGAGCACUGUGAAUAUGGACAAUAGGGAGGCUGUUAAAAUAUUUAUGUGAAGUAAAGCAGACCCCGAGAGUUCAGAGACGUCAGCAUCAUGGUAAAUACUCUAUAAUUUGUAUGUGGAGAGGAAAAUGACUGGUUAUGAAGUUUCACGGCAGGCGCCUCUCACUUUGGGCCCUGUUUACAAGUUUUGAUGCUUUGGAGGAACGCACUGAGAAUUACAGACAUUUAAGAUUUGAAAAUUGCUUAAAAUAUGUGCCCUUACAUUUUCAGGAUUGCAAUGCAGCCUUAGGUGAAGUAUGAACUAUGCUUUACCACUAUUUGUUAUGUAAAUAACAUACUUGAAAGUGUUAAUUAUGUAACACAUCGUUGUUAAAAUAAAACUAUUUUUCUCUUCAAACAAAAUAAAUAAGUAGUUUUAGACAA